CACUUGGUCUCUAAAAGGUUCGCCAUCACUGCUAUAAAGUAUUACUUGCGGCUUCCUUCUCAACCAGUAUAAUUUCUAUUUGAUUUGCACUAAAAAAGUUGGGAAGGUCUGAAUACACACAUCAAAGGUGUAAUUAAACACCAAUUAAAACAAGACAUAUCAAUAAAAACUAUCCACAAUAAGUCAAGACAGCAGAGACAAUUGUACAGUCUUCAACUUACAACUGGUUGCUUGGUGACCAAAAUGAAGAUGGACCUCCCAAAAGGUUUUUUUUCCCUAUCUGUAGUAGUUUCCUGAAAGCGCAAGGUCUUUUUUUCCAGAUCAAGAGUUGAUCCAUUGGUUGCAACAGGAAUUGACCGACCCACCUCUUUGAGAGAAAAGCCUGAAUCUGAAGCAAGCAGAAUCUCUUCUAUUAGAAAGAUCUGCAGACCCACAACAUAUAGGAAACCUUCGUCCGUUGCAAUCAGGCACUGAGCUGACCCUCUAUGAGUCUGUGCCUGCUAGGGUCCUGCCUCCGGAGCCCGUGCGGGGAUGUCUCGGAGACCCCGCGCUGACUGCUGCUCAAACAUCACGAAACAAUCCCAUCCAGGGAUGUCAAGCAGUCUUUUUUUCAGUUGACAUGGAUGAUGAAGAUGGACGAUGCUUGCUAGAUGUAAUUUGUGAUCCUCAGGCCUUGAAUGAUUUUUUACAUGGAUCUGAAAAGAUUGACAGCGAUGAUCUUUUGGACAACACGGGAGAUGCAGCCAGUGCCUUCUUUGAGGGUGCUGGGCUGCACGUGCAAGAAACCUCGGGCAAUCAUUUGAAUGCUGAGCAAAGCCAACCCACAACAAGUGUGGAUUUAGACUUUUUGGAAGAUGACAUUCUGGGCUCGCCUUCAGGAGGUGGAGCCAACCUGCAGAAUUCAGAUCAGCCGUGUGAUAUCCUCCAACAGAGUUUGCAGGAGGCAAACAUCACCGAGCAGACUCUGGAAGCAGAGGCAGAACUGGAUCUGGGUUCUUUUCAGCUCCCUACGCUCCAACCAGUGGUCCACACUGCCUCGGAUGGUACCCCACAGAUUUUUUCCGGUGGGGCUGACCUCAUUGGACUACAGCAACCUGCUGUCCUAACUCAUCAAGCACUGGUGCAGCAGUCUGUCGGGGCUGAUGUCGUCAACAAAGCCAUCAGCGUGCAGCCUUUUCUUCAACAGGUUGGCUUAGGAAAUGUCACCAUCCAGCCGAUUUCCAACCUUCAAGGGUUGCCCAAUGGGAGCCCGAGCGGGGCACUGGGCAUCGGGCAGAUUCAAGUUGUCGGCCAGCAAGUCAUGGCAAUUAACCAGCCUGCUCAACAGAUCAUUGCGAAGCAAGUUCAGCCUUCCCAAGUGGCCACUAUGCCCGUAGGAAGUUAUAUUACUCAGACAGCACCAGAACAACAACAGGUCACCUUGGCCUCCGCUGGCGUAUCCCCACAGAAUGCCGGUCUCAUGAUCCAGAAGAACAUCCCAACAGUGGCCACUACCACUCUGAACGGAAGCUCGAUGUUUGGAAGCGUAUCAGCUGCUCAGGGUUCCCAACCACUCACGGUCACAUCAAACUUGAGCAGCCCACUUGUUCAAGCCCAAAAUGUCAUCAUUCACCGGACCCCCACGCCAAUUCAACCCAAGCCGGCAGGAGUCCUUCAGCAGAAGUUGUACCAGAUUACCCCCAAACCCUUUGGCCCCAACAACACCACGCUGACCCUCCAGAACGAGGCUGCUCUCCAGCAACAGAAAACUCAGCAGAACUUAACUUUCAUGGCAGGCAAAGCAGGACAGAAUGUGGUGCUUUCUGGCUUCCCCCCGGGGCUGCCUGCCAACAUGUUCAAGCAGCCCCCACCACAGCAACAAACUCUGAACAAGCCAAUGAGUGUUCAUCUGCUUAAUCAAGGCAGCAGCAUUGUUAUCCCAGCACAGCAUGUCCCUCAAGCCAUGUUACAGGGUCAAAAUCAGUUCCUUCUCCCAAGCCAACUCACUGGAGCAUCGACAGUUCAGAUCCCUCAGCAGCUCUCGGCAUUGCAGGCUAACAUGGGUGGUCAGAUUCUGACAACCUCACAUCCUAGUGGGCAAACUCACAUCAUCACCAGCCAAGGCCCAGGUGGGCAGCUAAUAACAAAUCAAGCACUGCCUGCCCAAAUUCUCACCAAUCAGAAUCUGGCAAGCCAGCUCAACUUGGGACAAGUGCUCACCUCACAGAACGCCCAUGGAACAGCUCACAUCCUUUCUGCACCUAUUCAGUUGCAACCAGGGCAGGUGGGCCAACCAACUCUCUUCCAGAUGCCUGUAUCUCUUGCUGGUAGCCUGACAACUCAAAGCCAGCCCACUGUUGCGGCCUCGCUGACCGGUGGUGCCAUCAAUCAGAGCGGUCAGACUGUUAUCCAAGGAGUUACUCUGCCUAACCCAGUGGCUAUGUUAAAUGCUACUGAGAGCCUCAACCAAACCAUGACCAUACAAGCACCCCCUAAUGGCCCCAGCCAGAGCCCUGGUCUUAUUCAGCCACAGUCAACCCCCAGCACCAACCUACUCCCGGGUGACCAAGCCAAUAUGCUAACUGUCCAGUCCACCUGUCAGCCCUCCGCUCCUUCUCAGCUUCAACUGAACGUUCAGCAGCAAACAUCACCACCUCAGCAACAAGCACAAAUACCUGUGACUUCCCAGUCCAGCCCUAACCUGGUGGCAUCAAGUCCUGAAAAGAUUAUUUUGGGCCAGACAGCUGCUGGAACUGUAAUCUCCCAGGAUUCCAUGCAGAUGUUUCUACAGCAGAAGGAUCAGAGCCAGCAACAGAAGCAGCAGCAGCAGCACUUUUAUUCGCCCGCUCUGAAAAUGCAGCAGGAGAGCAGUAUGAAUGACUCUGGCGUACCUCCCCAUCUGCCAAUGCCUCUGCCCAUCUACAGCAUAGCCACCACUGCACUCAGCACCACAAGCAGUGUCCCAGCCUCGGUGAUAGUCAGCAGCAGUGUAGGCACAGCCCUGCAGCCGCCUGCCAGCCGAGAGCUGAGCCAGAACCACAACCUGCUACCGGUGGAUUCCAAAGUACCACAGUUCUCGACUGGCCCUUCCCAGCAGGCACUGGCUUGCCAGUUGCCUUCAGGGCAGCAGAAACUUCCUGGAGCCUCCCCAUCCCACUCACUACCUCAUCCCUCACUGGGGGAAAGCCCCCAGCUCCAGCCCGCUCACCUUUCCCAGAUCCAGUCCCCACACCAGUCCCGUCCUCCGUCCCAGCCUCAGCCCCUUUCCCGGCCACCUUCCCGGCCUCACUCAAGACCCCCUUCCCAGCCCCAGACUUUAUCCAGGCCGCCUUCUGAGCCCCUGUCGCGAUCUUGCACCCCUCAAACUCAGAUGCAGAACUUAUAUGUGAUCCAGAAUCAGAUUGCUUCCUCUCCUCAUGGCUCCAACCAGCAUCCCCUGCGACCUCCCUCACAGCCUCAGGUACCGUUUCAAGCCCCCCAGGCCCAGCCAGAGGGACAGCCUCAGCUGGCCACCCCUCCCCAUCUGCCCUUGCAGGUUCAGCUUGCUCCUCAGCUCCAGCCCCAGUCUGAGGCUCAGGGGCAGGUACGGUUGCAACCCCAGAUCCAGGCUUCUUCUGAAGUGCAGCAUAGCCAUUCCCCCCAUUUCCAGUUGCAGUUCCCUGCCCAAGGCCCUAUCAAACCACCCACCCCAACCCAGACACUUCACCUGACAGCUGAACAACAGAGGAGCUUUCAGAUGGUUUCCAAUCAGUUCCAGGCUUUCUCCACAAUUCCCGCUCCUGUUCCUCAGCAGAAACAGUUAAUGGAUCGGUUUCAGCAGAUACCCCAGGGAAUUAUCCUGCAAACAAAGCAGUCAACGUCCACUAGCCAGGCACCGCCCGCCCUGAGCCAGUUCAGCAACCAGUCCUCUUCAGUGUUGGUUAGCAGCCAAGGACAGCCGGUCACAAUGACAACAACUCCAGCUCAGGCACCAGCAGUUCAUGGCCACACGCCUGUCCCCACCACCAUUCAGUCUUCCAGCACGGGUUCAAGCAAAGCAGCUCCUGUGCUUGAAAAGGUGCAAGUAUCAAGAGGAACAACAAGUGGAGGAGGAGGACAACAACCUGCACAGUGUACAGCGGUUCUUCAGCAGCAAACUCCCGUGUUGGUCAAGUCAGCAUCAGUAUCAAUUGCUGCUGCGGUUCCUGCGGAGAGUAAAACAUUUUCCAGCAGCUCCACAACUAUUUCUGGAGGGAAAGCAACUUCCGGGCAAGGAAAGCCCACUAUUCCUCAAGCUGUACAACAGUCAGUUCAGGCCAAGCCUGGAGUCAUUAGCUCUGCAUCAGGCCUGAACCUUGGGAAAGGGCAGCUGCAACUCCAAGUAGUUGGAAAAGGCUUGUCACAAGUCAUGUCUUCAGCACCAACUCAAAUUCAGCAGCAGUAUGAGAGCAAGCUUGGAAGCCUGAAAAAAGCACCCCCGAUGCUACAACCGAGCAAGGAAGCCUGCUUCUUGGAACAGCUACAUAAACACCAAGGAGCAGUUUUGCAUCCUGAUUACAAAACUUCAUUUCGGUCAUUUGAAGAUGCUUUUCAGAGGCUUCUACCUUACCAUGUCUACCAGGGAACGCUGCCUUCUCCCCAUGACUCUAGGAAAGAUGAAGAAUUUGAAAUGGUGUCCACCCAGCUGUUAAAACGUACACAAGCCAUGCUGAACAAAUAUCGGUUACUCCUGUUGGAGGAAUCCCGGAGAGUCAGUCCUUCAGCAGAGAUGGUGAUGAUUGACAGGAUGUUCAUACAGGAAGAAAAAACUACCUUAGCGCUCGAUAAACAGCUAGCAAAGGAGAAGCCAGAUGAGUAUGUCUCCUCUUCACGGUCACAGACUUUUGCUUCUUCUGCGGCUCAAGGGACUCUGCCCAGCAACGUCCCUUUGACCUCUGAGAACUUGAAAUCGCCUUCAGUACAGAUGCCAACUCAUAUCAACCCCACCAAACUGGUCAUCAAGCACAGUGGAGGUUCUCCAUCCGUAACGUGGGCCAAAGCGUCUCCCUCGCUGGAUGGCGACGAGGAUGCCCUGCCCUCUCGGAGCAAGCCGCCCAUUAAAACCUACGAAGCUCGGAGUCGGAUUGGACUGAAGCUAAAGAUCAAACAAGAAGCAGGACUUAGCAAAGUGGUUCAUAACACUGCUCUGGAUCCCGUUCACCAGACCCCACCCCCUGUGUGCACAGUUAUCAAAACGGCAGACCCGCACUCGUCGACUUCAUCCGUUACCGCCACGACGACUGCGACUGCUACUGCCACCACCUCCAUGGCGGGACAAAUGAACGGGACAGUCGACCAUAUCAGCGCAGCUCCGACGGAGAAAAAACCCCUGGUGACCUAUUGCAGACUUCCUCUCCGUAAAACGUACCGGGAGAACGUGGACGCUUUUGUCGCAGAGAAAACUCCCGACGCCUCUCUAAAAGGGAGCGUUUCCAAAUCCGACACGGUGCCAAGUUCUCUUAUCAUCAAGCAGGAUGGAGGGUCCAGAAGUGUGAUCACGUCCCUCAAAUCUCAGGGGAGCCCUUCCACCACUGUGGCGCAGAAAAGCAGGUCCGAAGGAAACACCAAACAUACUUUUUUCAACCGGAGCGAUGCCCGUUCUUUGGUGAUGCAAGGAAGCCCCGCCCCUCCUAAGACCGACGAUUCAACCAGUGGCCUUAUGAAGGAAUUAGCAGAAGUCGAGGAUGAGUUUUACCAACGCAUGAUAAAGACCGAGCCACUUGACCACGGGUCGGCCUCUGAACUCGCCUGGGAGGUGCCCUUGCCCCCAGCCAAACGAAGGAAGUCCGAAUCUUUCGAUGUGGACAAUGCCAGCUUCUCCAGUGACAGCCCCCCCGAUGACUCCCUCAACGAGCAUCUACAGAGCGCCAUUGACAGCAUCCUGAAUCUGCAGCAACCUCAGGCUGGCAGCCAGAAUACUCGGACGUCCUCCUCUUCCUACAACUCCUCCUCCCCCCCUUUCUCCUCCCCUGUCCACCGCACGGACACGUACCUUGCCCCCAAUCACAAUGGCGGCCUUGGAACAAGGACGUUAAACAGAUAACAGAAACUGAAAGCCAAGCCCAGGCUGUAGAAAGAGAGCCAAGGACUGAAGCUGCAGCAGCUUCUCCUGGCUGGGGAACGGUUGGAAGCCAAGGUGCCACUUCCCAGAGACCUGCUAGAAUAGGGGGCUGAUAACCAGAAGGGAAGAGUGGGGGUUCUGGGGUGGGGAGGGCAACAAAAAUGCCCUUUAGAGGCGCAUCCAUCCAAGUGUUUAUUUGAUGGGGUUUUCGGUUGUUGUAAAGUACAAGCUUCGGCUGGAUUUACAAUGUACUCAUCCCAUCACAUGCACCAUUCAAAAAAAAAAAAGAGAGAGAGAGAGAGAGAAAGGUUCAGCAAAUGCCAAGCAGGCAGGUGGGAGGGGGACGGAUCGGGGCCCAUAGGUAGUGUUGGCUGUGUAAUAUUUAGAUUCUGUAACAAAUGGCUAAUUUGAAUCUCUGAUGAUAAUUGGGUUUGUUUUUCCUCCUCUUCCCAAACUCCACUACUAUAUUUAGGACUAUUUUUUAACAAAUCUUAAAUCAGAAGCCAGCAGGGAGGCCAAAGGAAAUGGGGCAGGGGGUAAAGUGACAAUUCCAGAAGGAGUUGUCACCUGGGGCGAUUAUGUAAUUGAUUUUGUCAGGUUUCUUAAGUUAUUUUAAGUAUAAACUGUCUGCUUUUUUUAUAUAUAUAAAAUAGAUUCUGAACAAGAUGCAAAAAAAAAAAUAUAUAAACACUAAUGCUUACAAACCAAUAAGCAUGGAUGAAUUUACAAAUAAAUCACUUUGAAAGAGGAAA